GAUCUCUUUGCGCGAGUGUCUGCCGUGGAACUCGCGCACAAGCCUUGUUGUAACUAAGCCUCGAACGCCCGAUCUCUUUGCGCCAGUGUCUGACGGGGAACUCGCGUACAUGUGGUUGUGUUUCUAAUCCCCGCUCGCGCACAUGUUGUAACUCUCAGGGUUUCCGUUUACAAACAUGCAAAGUCAACCUUGGAAUGGAGUCGGCCGGGAUAAGACAAGUAUAGAACAGGCGGCUUGUCCCAAAUUCCCACAAACUUUGCGUGUUGAAUCGAGGCUUUUGAACCUCAGUUCGUUGCCAAAGAAGCAAAAUGACUGGGCCUGAAGUUAUUGCGGCUGCCAACGGCGUGGCUGGACUAUUCAACACACUCCUUGCCUGGUUCGAAUACGUCUAUAUCGCGAAAGAAGCUCAUUCAAGGCUUCAGUCCAUUAUUCUGCAGCUUGACGGUGCCCAGUUGAGAUUAAGCCGCUGGGGCGAGGCUGCUGGGCUUGACGACAUUAGUAUCGAGGAUGAGAGUUUCAAACUCGACUCUCUCGUCCUAGAUGAACACCAGCAAAGCAUCGCCAUCGAGACCUUCAAGUUCAUCUGUGCUAGAUUCGAAGAAUGCCAAAAGAUUUGUCUCGAUGCCCGCGGAGACAAGACUGAAGACGACCCUGAGGUCGAGAAACGGGAAAAGUCGCUGUCGGGAAUACACUGGACUCCGAAGAAUAAGUACCUUCAUGACACGAUGCGGAAAAUUGUGUCAAAGCGCAAGAACAAAAUAGGUGUUGUCCCCCGGAUCAAAUUCGCCAUCUAUGACGAGAAGCACCUGCAAGAUCUGAUCAACCACAUCAACGAUCACAUCGAUUCCUUGUAUAAAAUUUUCCCGCUCCCCGACGACACCGCUGCCUUGGACAGACAAAGCAAGCUUACCAAGCAUGAGAUUACCGAGCUCCUGUCGGUUAUGGAAACGCUAGGUGCUGCCAUCCGAGGUCGUGACGAAUUGCUUGGAUCAGCCAUUGGAGUCAUCUUAGACCAAAAGAACGAGAUGCGGAUGGAAUACCAUAGCAAAAACGUCAAUAAUGUUGUUCAAGGUCAGAUGACAGGUGGCCAAGCUAGCCAACACAACACUCGGAACUCGGGAGGUGGUGGUGAAGGAAGACAGAUUCGGGAAUAACUCAUGUGAUUGGUGUGACUGGGGCAAAAAUGGAGAGCAUCGGGCUACUCCACUGAGUGUAGACUCACGGAGCCGGCUUUUAUUAGACCAAACUUUUGAACCUGCUGGGCUUCCUGGCCGGGUUAGCGGCCGGGAUCAAGAUGCAACCAUGGCCGCAGGGAGCAUCGUGAUUCGCAUGGAGUACCAACAUGAUGUCGUUGGGACAGGCAAGUGUAUUUUGAUAGCAAUACUAGGUAUUCGAUCAUAGGUAGACACAAAUAAUGCGAAUGCUUCACCAGAA